CCCCCCCACCCCACCCCUUUUGCCCUAGGCUCUACUGCAGGUCUGGUCCGGGCGAGUGUCUUCCCCUGCGACCCUACUCCCUCCUGUGGGCUUCUGCAUCCGCCACACCCUGCUUCCCUCCUUCCCUGCCGGUGCCCCAGCUAUUCUAUUUGCAUGAAUCCUCCUCCUCUCGGUGGUCCCUUCCAUGAGCCAGCCCUCUCCCACUCCUCCCCUUCCCAUUAUCAUUUCCCCCUCUUCCCCAGGGUUUUAUUUCCCGGGUCAAGCUAUUAUCAUGUUUCUUAAUCCUUGAACAAAUGGUAUAUUAUCUUCUCAAGUUAGAUUCCUCAAUUUACCUUCCAUAAUCUCUCAAUUGUAGCUUCAUCCGUCUGGCAACUGAAACAUUCCGGUAACAUCCUCCUGCCCAAACCUACCGCAGCCCCACACCCUUAUGCCUUCCCCUGCCCUGGAUCCCUGGUUCUGGGCUCCUCUUCCCUCUGUCCUGCUGAGAGAAGUCAGUUCUGCCCCACAGUCUCCACGUCCCCACAGAGGCUCACUUCCCAUGAGCGCUUUUCCUCACCCCGCUCCUUUCCUUCCUCUGUUGUAGGCGCCCAGGAUGGUGGGAGAACGCAGAAGCAGGGACCUGCUGGUGCCCCUGGGCCCACGGCUGCAGGCGUACCCCGAGGAACUGCUGCGGCAGCGCCAGGGCCACGAUGGGCAUCCAGAGUACUUGAUCCGUUGGACCGUCCUUCAGCGCGGGAAGGAGGGCGGGGUGGGCAGCGGCAGCUCCAUAGAGGGCAAGGCGGAGCACAUCCUCAUGUGGCUCUCUGCCCCCGAGGUCUACGCCAACUGCCCCAUGCUCCUUGGCGAGCGCGCGCCAGCCAAGGGGCCCCCGCACGAACCCGUGGGCGGCGUGGGCGCCUUUCCCCGGGAUGCCGGGGGGCUGGACGAAGCCUCGCUGGGGGAGAUGGCCGCAGACGUGCGAGGACUGGUGCGUCGAGCCGCCCGGCAGCUGGAUGGGGGGGGGGGCUCGAGUCCCGCGGCCUCGGUGCUACACACCAUCCACGUGCUCAGCGCCUACGCCAGCAUCGGACCCCUGGCUGGCGUCUUCCGGGAGACGGGAGCCUUGGACCUGCUCAUGCACAUGCUGGGCAACCCCGAGUCCCAGAUCCGCAGGAGUGCCGGGAAGAUGCUGCAGGCCUUGGCAGCCCACGACGCUGGGAGCAGGGCCCAUGUGCUCCUGUCACUGAGCCAGCAGGAUGGCAUCGAGCAGCACAUGGACUUUGACAGCCGCUCCACUCUGUUGGAGCUGUUUGCAGAGACCACAUCCUCCGAAGAGCACUGCAUGGCCUUUGAAGGGAUCCACCUGCCCCAGAUCCCCGGAAAGCUGCUCUUCUCCUUAGUGAAGCGUUACUUGUGUGUCACGUCACUCCUGGACCAGCUAAGUAGCAGCGUGGAGCCAGGGUCUGGGGAGUGGGGAAACCGGUGCUCCCCUAACAAGUCCUCCAGUGUGGAGAAGAGCCGUGGCCAGAGGGAACUGGAGUUUAGCAUGGCCAUGGGCAACCUGAUUUCAGAAUUGGUUCGGGGCAUGGGAUGGGACCGGGGCCCGGGGAGGCAGCCUGCGUCUCCCCCUCGGCCCGCCCGGUCUAUCUUUCAGCCCAGGUCCUCUGUGCCGAGCACCAUCCUCCCCACCCUGCUUCCCCCUGCUUCCCCCAGGAGGCCGAGCCGGGCCUUCAGGCCUCGGUCCGAGUUCUCGAGCCUGAGUGGCUAUGCGGACUACGUCCAGGAGACCCUGCAGCCAGGGAUGCGCGUUCGAAUGCUGGAGGAUUAUGAGGAGAUCAGUGCCGGGGACCAAGGCGAGUUUCGGCAGAGCAACAAUGGAAUGCCCCCUGUGCAGGUGCUGUGGCAGUCGACAGGCCGCACAUACUGGGUGCACUGGCACAUGGUGGAGAUUCUGGGUCCUGUAACUGAGGACAAAGUUACUAUUGAGCCAGAGAAAGGAACUGGGGGCAGCAGGUGCCUGGCCCCAAGUAUAGCACGUCCAUUCUUAGAGUGGAAACCUAUUGUGGGACUGUAUCCUCUGCCGUACCUUAAACCUGAGGCUCAGAGCAACACAGAGUCUGGGUGCCUGAGCCAGGCCGAAUGGUGGGAACUUCUUUUCUUCAUCAAAAAGCUGGAUGGGCCUGAGCAACAGGAGUUUCUCCGGCUCCUCCAGGAGAACCCGGAUGGGGAGCCUGUGGAAGAAGAAGCCCUUGGUGAACUCAAAGUAUCUGUGGAGUUGGCAGAGAAACUGGUCCUGGCACUCAGCAGGCAGGUUCAAGGCAGCAUCCACAAUGACCUGCUUAGUUCGAUUGUUUACAACAAAUUCAGGUUACAGCAGGUGGAGGAUUUGGCCAACCCUACUCCUCCAGAGCCUGGUCAGGACACCUGCAGCCCUGAGGCCCCAUUUCCAGACACCAAAUCAGAAGUGGAGGUGAAAGGGCAGAUUAAAUCACUAGGGGUGGAGGAGUCAUCAACAGCACCGGAAGUUGAGCUGCUGUUUCGGAGCCUCGUGGGGGCUGCAGAGCCCUCUGGACAGCUGCUCCUGGAGCUGGAGCUAAGCAUAUGCCAGGAGGGCACUGGGGAGGGUCAAGUGAGCCAGCUCCUGGGGCAGCUCCAACACCAGCCCCAAGCCUUCCUGCUGCUACUACAGAGCCUGGAGACCCCCGAAAACAAGGCCCUUCAAAUGACUGGGCUGAGAAUACUGAGCUGUCUCCUGGAUGUCUCUGUGGACUCAAGUCUUCCUUGGCACAAAGUGGCCUCUUCCUGUUUGGCCAGCCUGAGAACACUCAGCAAAGACCAUGAGGUGGUCCAAGGGUUAAUCUGUUUCCUGCAUCGCCUGAUCACACUACACAAGGACUGCGCAGUGGUUCUGUACCAGCUCGGAGCUCAAGAGAUUCUCACCAAGGCCCUGGACAAGCACAAGGAACAACUGUUUCUGGGCUCUGAGCUCCAAGAUCUAGUGGGAGAGUAUGAGAAGCACGCCCAGCUUUACAGCAACCUCACCAAAAGCAUCUUGGCCGGCUGCAUCCAGAUGGUGCUCGGCCAGAUUGAAGAGCACCGAAGAACCCACCGGCCCAUUAACAUCCCUUUCUUUGACGUCUUCCUCAGGCAUCUUUGCCAGGGCUCUGAUGUGGAGAUGAAGGACAAGUGUUGGGAGAAGAUGGAGGUGUCGUCUAAUUCUCUCGGGGCCAACAAACUGACUGACCGAAACCCCAAGACUUACUGGGAAUCCAGCGGCACUACAGGGUCUCACUACAUCACAUUACACAUGCAUCAAGGGGCCAUUGUCAGACAGCUGACUCUCCUGGUGUCUAAGGAAGACUCAAGCUACAUGCCGGCCCGGGUGGUGGUGCUGGGGGGAGACCAUGCCCGCUCUGUCAGCACAAAGCUCAGCACUGUAAAUGUCAUGCCUUCUGACACGCGGGUGCUUCUUCUGGAGAACAUGACCCGCUUCUGGCCCAUCCUACAGAUCCAUAUCAAGCGCUGCCAGCAGGGUGGCAUUGACACCCGUGUGCGAGGGGUGGAGGUUCUGGGUCCCAAACCCACUUUCUGGCCACUGUUCCGUGAGCAGCUGUGUCGCCGCACUCACCUUUUCUACACCAUACGAGCCCAAGCCUGGAGUCAGGAUAUUGCUCAGGACCGGAAGCGCCUGCUGCAGCUCUGCCCUAGACUGAACGGGGCUUUGCGCCAUGAGCAGAGUUUUGCAGAUCGAUUUCUUCCUGAUGAUGAGGCUGCCCAGGCACUGGGAAGGACCUGCUGGGAAGCCUUGGUCAGCCCCUUGGUGCAGAGCAUCACUGCCCCUGAUGGCAGUGGGGUAAGCCCCCUGGCCUGGCUGCUGAGCCAGUAUCUGGAGCACAGAGAGAAGGUCCAGCACAAACAGGAACAAGCAGAUGCUUUUACCUCACGUGUCCGAUGUCUCACUCACCUGCUGGUGCAUGUGGAGCCUCCCUCGGGUCUCCAGUCCAAGUUACUCACCUGGCCUAAUGGCAAGAAUAGUAAGAGUCGGGAGCUGAACUCGGGGUUGGGAUUGGGGACCUGGGGGGUCCCGGCCCGAUGGACCGAAGGGAGCCUUGGGGGGGGGCAGCCUUCCGCUGGCCCUGCGCCAGGGCUUUCUCUGGGGUUUCUCAAGCCUUCCUUCCUCACCGGCCCACGUGAGGAGAUGGGCCGGGCAAUGCCACAGAUCCAGAGGAGGUGGUGGCCCCUAGGGGAAGAGAUGGGCCAGCUCAGCGGAGCCUGGAGCCAUGAUGGUCCUUUCGGCCUAGAGUGGAAGAAGGUCCCUGAGAGACAUUUGUCCCCACAGCCAGUGGAGGAGCUGGUGGCUGAGGAGCCAGUCCCUGAAGUGUCUGUGCUGGUCCUGUCUCCCCGCUGCUGGCCCGUGUCCCCCCUCUGCUACCUGCACGAGCCUACCAAGUACUUCCCCCCGGCUCUCAGCACCAGCCUCACCCGGUUUUCCAACUUCUACAGUCAGAGUCAGAAUCGGCCAGUCUUGGGGGCACAGCGCCUACUGCAGUGGUCAUGGUUGGGCAGGGCCGAACUGUCAUUUGGAGCUCAGACUCUUCAUGUCUCUACUUUACAGAUGUGGCUUCUUCUGCAUUUUAACCAAAUGGAGGAGGUGGCCUUGGAGACGCUGCUGCAGACCUCAGACCUGCCCUCAGAGCUUCUGAUGCAAGCACUUAAGCCCCUCACUUCAGGGCUUGGCCCCCUGACCCUCCAGGAAGGCCAGGGUCUCCCACCCGGGGGUGUGCUGCGGCUUCCGGAGGUGGAGGAGGAGCCUGGGGGGGAGGCCCUGUGGCUGCUCCCCCCCCAGACAUACCUGAGUGUGGAGGAGGAUGAAUGCCGAACCCUGGAGAGGAAGAGGAACCUCCUGAGCUGCCUCCUUGUCCGAAUCCUCAAAGCGCACGGCGAGAAAGGCCUGCACAUUGACCAGCUUGUCUGUCUGGUGCUGGAGGCCUGGCAGAAGGGCCAGCCUUCCCCCAGAGACCCCGGCAACAGCACGGGCGGUGAGGACGAGUGUAAUGGGGCCGACGUCCUCUCCUGCAUCCUCCACCUCCUGGGCCAGGGCUAUGUUCGGAGGCAGGAGGACCGGCCCCAAGUCCUGGCAUAUGCAGCCCCGGAGCCCGAGGGGCCUGCCCUUGCACCCCCCAACCUGGUUGCCUUGGGGCCUGCCCCACCCUCUACCUUCCACACCCUGGAGAUCCGAACCCGAACCACCGCCAGCCCCUCCCCUCCUGCUCGGACUUUUUCCACCUUCCGAUAGCCCCGGCACCUGGGGUGAUUUCCAGGGGAAUAGGAUCCAGGACUGUGUGCUGGAGGGAGAGGCUUGGGAAGGGAAGGGGGCAGCCCGGGCCCCGGCGAGGCAGGGCCGUCGUUAGGAAAAGAUCUCAAGGCAACUUGGGUGCCCAACUUCAGGCCACACCGAGUCCCUGGAAAGCGCGCCAGGCGGGAGCCUGGGAAGAGCUGGGUUAGAGUCCCUGCCUAGAGACGCCAAAUAGCGGGGCGACUUCGGGCAGGGCAGGUCAGGUCAUUCUGUGCCUUGGCCUGUUUCUCAGAUGUAAAAGGGAGAUAUGUGCGCGCCUACCUCACGGGGCUGCUGUGAGCUUAGAGCCCCAGAGAAAGGCGAGUUGCUAUAUUCCAGGGACCCGAGCACGCUGCACCCCAGGGCUCCCUAAACCUGCCCUGGGGGCUGGCCCGCCCUCUCCCGUGAUCCCCCAGUAAGCCGAAGUCCCUCCCCCAAGGCUCUCCGCCCGGCCCCGCCCCUCUCCGCCUCCCCGGGCCGAGCGCGCUCUGCGCGCGCCGCGCGCGGCCUCGGCUCGGGUCCCGCCCGCACUGCAGCCCGCAGCGGCACGCCCAGGCCAGGGCCGAGCCCAGGCAGGGGCGGGGCCGCGGGACCAGGUAUCUCCUAGUGGGGGGAAGGAGUUGAGAAAUGGGGAGAGACUCGGGGCCCGUGUCCUGCGUGGAGCGCCAGCACCAGCCGCAGGCUGCCCAGAGAGGUGACUGAGAAGGGGGCCGGGGACCGAUGACAGUCCCUAGGGACAAAAGAGUGGGUAUGCGUGGGCCCAGGGUGGAGGAGGAGGGAGACCCUGGCUCAGGCAGGCCGUAGGGGAAGGGCACCCUAAGAGCGGGAGGAGAGGCUCAGCACCUUAGGACCCGAGGCAGGGGCAAGACAAAGGGGAAUGGGAACUAGAGACAGAGCAGUAGGCAAAGGGCGAGAAGGAAUGCCCAGCUGUGGGUGGGCACGAAGGGCUUGGCAGGAUGGUAUCCUCUUGCCCCACAUGGCUGGUAGUGGCCCUCAUUUCAGGAAGCAUGCUGCUGGCCGAUGGUUAUCUUCUGGGACAGAGCCCAGGAGGUUGGUGGCUGGGUCUGGGGUUGCUGCUUUCGGCUGGCAACAUCUGCCUGAUCUUAGUGCUUCGCCCUGUGGUGGCCGGUGCCGGUCCCCAAGCCCGUACCACCCGGCGGGGCUGCGCCAUGUUGCUCUGGUUUCUCUACAUCUUUGUAUUAGAGAUGAAGGUCUACUUCAUUUACCGGAGCUGCCGGGCUGAGGGUCACUGCCCCGGGCCCCCCGCUCGCCAGGCCUUCACCCUGUUGCUAGCCCUCAGUGUGCCUGGACUCUUUGCCCUGUUGGGGUCUCCAAAGACCCCCGAGAUCCUGUCAACCUUCCGAUGGCGUGAAGAACUCCGGAGCCACCUACUGUGGGUGGUCAUGGACUUGCUGGAUGUUUUAGACGUACAGGCAGGGCUGUGGGAGCCACCUCAGAGGGUGCUACCCUUCUGGGCAGAGGGCGUCACCUUCUUCUACUGCUAUGCCCUGCUGCUCUUGCUGCCGUGCGCAGCCCUGGGUGAGCUCAGCCUGCAAGGCCCACAGCCCCUGCCACAUCGCAUGGUGCUCUACCCUCUCCUCAGCCUGUUCACAGUUAAUCUGGCCACGAGCCUCAUCCGAGCCACUCAUCUCCUCCUGUUCCAGGAUACCUAUGUCUCCACCAUCUUUCUAGGAAAGAAUCUGCUGGCCUUGGCCCUCAAGCUCUGCAUGUUUUUGCAGUACCGGAAACAGUGGCUUUCUGGCUCACCAUCACCCCAGCCUCCCACUGACCCUGGCCUUCUAGGCCCAGCUCAGGCUGUGAGGCCAACAUGACCUGCCCCUUUGUGCAGGGAGAUGGGAUGGACAUGGACUAUUCCCCUAAACUAUCACUUUCAACAGCACAACUUGCCCGAGUCCUUUCACUUUCAACCUGGACUUGCAGAUUGGAACUGUGAGGCAGGACCUGAAUACAGGUCUGUUGUUUUAAACCAAGUACUCUCUGCAGGGGCUUGAGAUGGUCUUUUGUCAAUAAGCUGUCCAAAUCAAAGCAGUCUGAUGUAGGCUGAGGUCCUCAAGUGUCAGACUCUGCACAAUAAAGCUACAACUGACA